CGGGGAGCGAUGGCCGGGAUUUUCGGGAAGAUCUUCGUGGGCAUUUACGUGGAGAUCAAACGGAGCGACGGACGAAUACACCAGGCGAUGGUCACAUCACUGCACGAGGACAACGAGAGUGUGACAGUGGAGUGGAUCGAGAAUGGGGACACCAAAGGGAAAGAGAUCGACCUGGAGAGCAUCUUUGCUCUGAAUCCAGAUGUUGCUCCUGAUGAGGAGAUACCACAGAGUCCUGAAGCUCCUCUUCCUCCCUCCAGUGUCGCCAAAACCAGUAAAGUCCCCAAGACCAGACGGAUUACAGCGAUACCCAAAGCUGAAAAUGCUCCACGGGAGAACAGAGCUGCAGCAGUGGGAACCACUCGGGCCCGUCCCAGCCAGCACAGCCAAGCUGCAGAGCCGCCUCCGCCUGCCAUCGCUCCCCAGCCUGCCCUGAACCAGGCGCUGAUGCAGCAGCAGAACGCCCGGAGGAAAUCCAACUGUGUGAAGGAGGUGGAGAAACUGCAGGAGAAACGAGAGAAGAGGCGUCUUCAGCAGCAAGAACUCCGAGAGAAAAGGGCACAGGAGGUGGACGUCAAUUUACCAAAUUAUGAGAUUAUGUGUAUGAUCAGAGACUUCAGAGCCAGUCUGGACUACAGACCGUUAACCACCAAUGAUCUGAUUGAGGAGCACCGGAUAUGUGUGUGUGUUCGUGCACGCCCCCUCAAUAAAAAAGAGUUGUCAGUGAAGGACCUGGAUGUGAUCACCAUCCCCAGUAAGGACGUGGUGAUGGUCCACGAGCCCAAGCAGAAAGUCGACCUGACACGCUACCUGGAGAACCAAACUUUCCGAUUUGACUAUGCCUUCGACGAGAACUCCACCAAUGAAAUGGUUUACAGGUUCACCGCACAGCCGCUGGUCGAGACCAUCUUUGAGCGGGGGAUGGCGACCUGCUUUGCAUAUGGACAAACUGGAAGUGGGAAAACACAUACGAUGGGAGGAGACUUUUCAGGAAAGAACCAGGACUGCUCUAAAGGGAUCUAUGCACUGUCUGCCAGAGACGUUUUCCUCAUGUUGAAGAAGCCAAAUUACAAGAAACUGGAUCUGCAAGUUUUUGCCACUUUUUUUGAGAUUUACAGCGGGAAGGUGUUUGACCUGUUAAACCGUAAAGCCAAGCUGCGGGUCCUGGAGGACGGGAAGCAGCAGGUGCAGGUGGUGGGGCUGCAGGAGAGGGAGGUGAAGUGUACGGAGGACGUCCUCAAACUCAUCGAAGUGGGAAACAGCUGCAGGACGUCCGGUCAGACGUCGGCAAACGCUCACUCUUCUCGGAGUCACGCCGUGUUCCAGAUCAUCCUGCGUCGGCGAGGGAAGAUGCACGGAAAGUUCUCCCUCAUCGACCUGGCGGGGAAUGAGAGAGGGGCAGACACAUCGAGCGCUGACCGGCAGACCCGCCUCGAGGGAGCCGAGAUUAACAAGAGCCUGCUGGCACUCAAGGAGUGUAUUCGAGCCCUGGGCAGAAACAAACCACACACUCCGUUUAGAGCCAGCAAGCUAACCCAGGUGCUGAGGGACUCAUUCAUCGGAGAAAACUCCAGAACAUGCAUGAUUGCGACCAUCUCUCCUGGGAUGGCGUCUUGUGAAAACACCCUGAACACACUGAGAUACGCCAACAGAGUAAAGGAGUUUGGGAUCAGUCCCUCAGACAUUCCUUUCUCCCAGAGCGGGGGUGGAGGAGGUCGCUCUGAGCUCUCUCCUACUUAUGAGGUGAAGGAGCUCACAGUGGACCCUGCAGCAGCCAUGGAGAGCCGUCAGGGAGGACACAUCACCCAGCUGGAGGUGCUGGAGGCUCAGUGGGGAGUCGGCAGCUCUCCGCAGAGAGACGACCUGAAGCUGCUCUGUGAACAGAAUGAGGAGGAGGUUUCCCCGCAGCUCUUCACUUUCCAUGAAGCCGUCUCUCAGCUGGUGGAGAUGGAGGAGCAGGUCCUGGAGGACCACAGGGCUGUAUUCCAGGAGUCGAUCCGCUGGCUGGAAGACGAGAAGGUGCUUUUGGAAAUGACGGAGGAAGUCGACUACGAUGUUGAAUCAUAUGCAACUCAACUAGAACAAAUCCUGGAUCAGAAGAUCGACAUCCUCACUGAGCUGAGAGAUAAAGUCAAGUCUUUCCGUUGUGCUCUCCAGGAAGAGGAACAAGCGAGCAAACAAAUAACCCCCAAGAGGCCUCGGGCUCUAUAGACCAACAAUGUUUCACUGUAACUCUGACUCGUCCUCAGAAAGGUGAAGUCUUGCCGCUGAGGAGGUCACUGCAGAUGAAAGAGCUGAUGAAACUCAGCUGUGAUUUCCUGACUUCAUCGGUCUCCCCUCGACCUCUCUGCUGUACAGGCUGCUUCCCGUCAUCCGUCCAUCCAUCCGUAGAACCAGAGAGUCGACCGUCGUCGCUCCUCCAUCCUCCUGUGACGUGUAUCUACAAGGUUUCUGUACGUGUCCAAAGUCACAAGUGCUUCAUUAAAAAACAAAAAAGAGGUGGAUAAUUAUUUGUUGUAAAUGAAUUUUUAUAGAGUCAAUCAUAGCUUCUCCUCACUUUGGCCAAUUUUAUAAACAGCUGUUGCCAUUUUGUGCAAUAUUUGGAGGAUUUUCUUCCCGUCCUUGCCCUUGUUUCAGCUCGAAUGGGGCAUGUCGAGUUUGUGUGUAAAAUGAGCCACUGUGUGUCUGUGUUGAUACUGUAUGUAAUAAAGGUUUGACUGAGGUAAAGCCUAAAACACUAAGCUAACCCUCCAUGACAUUAAUUGAGCUAAACGGUGCACAGUGAUCAGUGUUCCAGACAACAUUUACUGAAACUGAUUUUUCAUUUGCUAUAAUAAAGAAAGGCUACUUCUUGUU